CACUUCUAUUCACCUUCUGCCGGUCGACACGGUUUGACAGUUCGUCUACAGUUUUUGUGGUUAGUGCGAUUGUUUUUUGACUUAUAUCACCAUGGCACCCUACAAAAUUGUCAUGGUCCGUCACGGAGAGUCCGAAUGGAACGAGAAAAACCUCUUCUGCGGAUGGUUCGACGCCAAUCUCAGCGAAAAAGGAAAGCAAGAGGCCGUCAACGCCGGCAUCGCUUUGAAAAAUGCCGGAUACAAAUUCGACAUUGCCUACACCUCUGUACUGACCAGAGCGCAAAACACCCUGAAAGCCAUCCUCAACGAGAUCGGCCAACAGGACCUCCAAACGGUCAAGACAUGGAGAUUGAACGAGAGGCACUACGGUGGACUUACUGGCUUGAACAAGGCUGAAACCGCCGCCAAGUACGGAGACGCUCAGGUCGCAAUUUGGCGUCGUAGCUUCGAUGUCCCUCCACCAGCCAUGGAACCAGACCAUGCAUACUACAACACCAUUGUCAAUGACCCACGUUAUGCUGAGGGACCAGCCCCAGAUCAAUUCCCCAAGUAUGAGUCAUUGAAACUGACAAUUGAGAGGACUCUGCCUUUCUGGAAUGAGACCAUUGUGCCACAAAUUAAGGCCGGCAAGUCCAUUUUGAUUGCUGCCCAUGGUAACAGUUUGAGGGGCAUUGUCAAGCAUUUGGAUCAACUUACUGAUGAUCAAAUCAUGCAAUUGAAUCUGCCAACUGGCAUUCCAUUUGUCUAUACCUUGGAUGAAAAUCUUAAACCCAUCAAGAGUUUGGAAUUCUUGGGUGACCCAGAAACCGUCAAGAAAGCAAUGGAAGCCGUUGCAAACCAAGGAAAAGCUAAAUAAUUUAUUAAAGAUUAUCAUGUUAAUAUUUGUUACUAUUUUAUUUUUUAAUUUAUAAAUAAAAUGAAUGUAUUUAUUGAUUUAUGUACUACGAAUGUCUUGUGAAGUCUAUUAGAAUGGCCAAAAUAAAAGGAAUGAAAUGACAAAA